UCACCGGGGUGCGUGUAGAGCGGCGCGCGCGGCGUCGGCCAAUCGCACUCGGGCGAAACCGUUAGAAGUUUCUGUUGUGUGCGCGUUUGAACGAUCUAGUGCACAUUUGUCAUCUGGGUGCGCGAACCACUCCCGUUCGUCGUUACCGCGUUUUCGCGAACCUUGUUAGAACAAGGAGCGGAGCAACAUGGCUGUUAACGUGUACGCCACAAAUAUGACAUCCGACAACCUUAGUCGCCACGAUAUGUUGGCUUGGGUAAACGACUGUCUUCAGUCGUCAUUCACCAAGAUCGAGGAACUGUGUACGGGAGCGGUCUACUGCCAGUUCAUGGACAUGCUGUUCCCUGGCAGUGUACCUUUGAAAAGGGUCAAAUUCAAGACCAAUUUGGAACAUGAGUACAUACAGAAUUUCAAAAUUCUCCAAGGUGGCUUCAAAAAGAUGAAUGUGGACAAGGUAAUACCAGUGGACAAGCUGAUAAAAGGGCGCUUUCAAGACAACUUUGAGUUUCUGCAGUGGUUCAAAAAGUUUUUCGAUGCAAAUUACGACGGUCGUGAGUACGAGGCUUACGAAGCGCGUGGCUGCAUACCGCUGGGUUCCGGCGUCGAUGGAACGCAUAAUCUGUCGAAUCCCCAAUUGGUGCCGUUGCCACCGCAAUCGAAGCAGCCGCAAAUACAACAAAAACAUAUACAGCAACGUAACAGUGUCCCGCGACAGCAGCAGGGUAUAUCUGCUUGCAGUCUCGAUUUUACUUCUUGCAUGCUGUUACUCGCGUCGUACAAAUCCGCACCUUGGAAGGAAAAGAUUGUACCAAUUGAUAGGCUGGUGAAAGGCAGGUUCCAAGACAACUUUGAGUUUUUGCAAUGGUUCAAGAAGUUCUUUGACGCAAACUACUCGGGAGCAGAGCCGUACGAUGCGCUUGCAAUGCGAGGAGGGGAGCCUAUGGGUAGUGGUGGAAAUAAUGCACCCCGUGGUUCUAACGUGAAACGUACUUCUCCACGUGAAACGGUCACGACUAAAUCUGCUGCCCCUCGUACUGUAAAUAAAGCUCAACCAUACCGCGCGCCACCCAAGAACACAGCAGUCGGCAGCCGUGGUGAUACGGGUAAAAUCGAGGAACUUAGCGCACAGUUGGUUGAGUUGAAAAUGUCGGUCGAAGGUCUGGAGAAGGAGAGGGACUUCUAUUUUGGGAAAUUACGCGACAUAGAGGUGAUGUGCCAAGACUGCGACAACGGCGAUCCUCCACCUAUUGUACAGAAAAUUUUAGAAGUCCUUUACGCGACAGAGGACGGUUUUGCACCACCUGAGGAAUUGGAAGGCGACGGACUCGCACCCGACGACGAGGAGGAAUAUUAACCUUUUUUAUUUACGGAUGUAAUUGAAAAGAACAACAGUAAAUUAUCCAAGUGCGUUUCAGUUUACCGUGAGCCAGUAUCCCUUGCAUAAUUAUUAAGCUACUUUACAUAGCAAAUUCACCAGAUAGCAGACUGUGCGUUCGUUUUGUUGAUGAAAUUCACCGAAAUCAUUAAGAUUUGCACGGCAUUAGAAUAGAGAUAAGUCGUGUAGUGCACUUGAAUAACUUGUUCUUUACGGCCGUGACGAGAGAGAGAGAGGGAGGGGGGGGGGGG